AUGUCCCUGCACCGUGUGUCGUCUCUCGAGACCUUCACCAUCGUCCCAACCGACAUCCGAUCCCGGCGCAGCUCUGAUGCCUCCACCCGCGCCCGCAAACUGACAUUCAACCCCUUGCCGCAACAAUGGGAUCCGCCGUCGACGAUUGAGCAGCUGCAGACCGUGGGGGCAUUCCAAGUACCCCGAUGGAAGAGAUUGCUCCAAGUCACAACUAGCGUCAUCUCCUGCUUCCUUGCUGCUGGCGUGGUGUUCGGCUACGCAGCCAUCAAGCCCGUCCUCAAAAAAGAAGGCGCCUACCGCCGGGUUUGUACGGCACCAGGGUGGUCAGCCGACGACGAAGAAACCUGUGUUAACAUCCACCUCAACCUCAUGUUCACCAUCGCCGCCGUCGCCACCAACGUCGUCGCCCUACCCGUCGGCGCUAUCCUCGAUCACUACGGUCCGCGCGUGUGCGCCUUGCUGGGUAGUUUGUUUCUAGCGUCGGGCGCGCUCCUGAUGGCGUUUGAGAGCCGGCUCGCGGCCGAGUCGUUUGAUGGGCUGUUGCUGGGGUAUUUGCUGCUAGCGCUAGGCGGACCGUUUACGUAUAUCUCGUCGUUUCAGCUCUCGAAUGCGUUUCCGCGGCAUUCUGGGUUUAUCCUGGCGUUGUUGACGGGGGCUUUUGAUGCGUCCAGCGCGCUGUUUUUGCUGUACCGGAUUGUCUACGAAAAGACGGGCGGCGCGUUUGAUCACCGUCGGUUUUUUCUCGGGUAUCUGCUUGUGCCUGUGGCUAUUGCCCUGCUGCAGUUCACGCUCAUGCCCGCGCAGUCGUACAAAACGGUGGGUGAGUUGGUUGAGGAGAUUGAGGAAGCACCGCUUCAUGCUCGUAUCGGCUCGCCGGUGCUGGCGCCGGCGUUUGACCAGGUCGACGAGGAGACAGCGCUGCUGCAGGAGGAGGAGCGGCAGCACCGCGUUGAUGUGUUGGAGGGCAUCCAGAGUGUGUUGGGGUCGGCUAAGGCGGACGAGCAGGCCGAGCGGGAAGAGCAUAUCAAUGAGAUCUCGGGCGUGUGGGGGGUUAUGCAUGGAUACUCGGCCUGGCAGCAGAUCAAGAGCCCAUGGUUCAUCUUGAUUUGUCUUUUCACGGUCGUCCAAAUGACGCGCAUCAACUUCUUCGUCGCCACCAUCCGCUCCCAAUACUCCUCCCUCUUCGGUUCUCUCCCCGACGCCAUCGCACUCAACCACUUCUUCGACAUCGCCCUGCCCCUCGGCGGCAUCAUCGCGAUCCCCUUCAUCGGCAUCGUCCUCGACCACACCUCAACCCCCACCGUCCUAGCCGUACUCGUCUUCUUCGCCACGGCCAUCGGUGUCCUGGGGGUCAUCCCGGGCCAGAUCUGGGCCGGAUACGCCAACGUCGUGCUGUUUGUGCUGUACCGCCCGUUUUACUACACUGCUGUGUCGGAUUACAGCGCGAAAGUGUUUGGGUUUGAGACGUUUGGGAAGGUGUAUGGUACGGUGAUCGCGCUGUCCGGGGUGCUGAAUUUCUCGCAGGAGGGGCUGGAUUGGUUGUUUGAGAGGCGGUUUGAAGGGAAUCCGGUACCGGUGAAUGUGAUGCUGUUGGCUACGGGGCUGGUGGUGGGUGUGGUGCUUGUUGGGUUUGUGUCGUGGAAGUCGAAGAAGGUGAAGAGGGGGUUGUUGGAACAGGAAGCGAGGGGGGCGUUUGGGGAAGCGGUAGUGUUUUGA